AUGACACAGCAAUCACAAGGCAAGAUCGUAGCUCAGCACCGGCCGGACCUUGGCCCGCUGCAGGAGGUCUACAAGCACCUCCACCAGAACCCGGAGCUCUCUAACCAAGAGUCGGAAACCGCCGCUCUGAUCGCCGAGAAGCUCAAAGCUCUUGGUCCCGAAGAUCUCGUCAUCAAGACCAGCAUCGGCGGCCAUGGACUCGCCGCCGUGCUUCCCAACGGCGAAGGCCUUACCGUUCUCCUCCGCGCUGACAUUGAUGCCCUCCCGGUUGAAGAACGAACCGGCCUUCCUUAUGCCAGCACAAAGCGCAUGAUCCACAAGGCCACGGGCGUCGAGAAACCUGUGAUGCAUGCAUGCGGUCAUGAUAUGCACAUUACUUGCCUCCUUGGUGCCGCCGCAGCUCUGUUCUCUGCCCGUGCGACCUGGGCGGGCACUCUCGUGCUCGUCUUCCAACCCGCCGAGGAGCGCGGAACCGGAGCCCAGGCCAUGGUCGAUGACGGCCUCUACACCAGACAUGGUGUUCCUAUCCCAGACAUCGUCCUCGGAGCACAUGUUAUGCCGUUUCGUGCAGGUAGCAUCGGUACCGGUCGCGGUAUUGUCGCCACAAGCGCAGACAGCAUGGAAGUAACGAUUCACGGUCGCGGCUCUCACGCCAGCAUGCCUCACACGUCAAUCGACCCCAUUGUAAUUGCUGCCAGCACAAUCAUGAAGCUGCAGACGCUUGUUAGUCGCGAGACGGACCCUGCCGACUCCAGUGUCGUGACUGUGGCGACUGUCCACGCCGGCGAUGCGGAGAAUGUCAUUGCUGACUCUGCCGUCUUGGGCAUUGACACGCGUUCCACCACUGUCGAGACUCGAGAGCGCAUGAUGCGUCGAAUCAAGGCUGUUGUCGCUUCCGAGUGUGCCUGUGCCGAAGCCACCAAGGAGCCCGAGUUUAAAAUGACAAGAUCCUUCCCUUUGACGGUCAACGAUGUUGAAACCACCAAGAAAAUUGAGGACACCUUUUCGGCGCACUUUGGCGAGGAAAAGGGCAAGUACAAUAGGAACUUGCCACGUCUUGGGGGCAGCGAAGACUUCUCGAUCCUCGCUACUGCGGUGGACAAGCCGUACUGCUUCUUCAUGUAUGGCAGUAUUGAAGAGUCAAGGUGGGACAGGAUCGAAGCUCAGGGCACCAUUUCAAAAGACAUUCCGGCAAAUCACUCGCCCAUGUUUGCGCCGGCCAUAAUGCCGACAUUGCAGACGGGACUUGAUGGGUAUGUUCUCGGUGCCUUGACGUUCCUGGCGAAAAAUGAACGCAGGUAA